CUAAAUUUAAAUUUAUUUUACUAAUUAAAUAUCAUAUCAUUUAAUAACUCCAUUUUAAAUAAAGAAAUUUUUUUUAUCUACAGAAUACGAGUUAUUUUUGUUCUUAAAUUGAAUUUGAUCGAAAAUUACCAUAAAUGCAACUAUGCGGCGCAUUUAACCGCUCCAGCGUCUGAAACACAUGCCGCCUUUUCUCAAAACAAUAACAAAUAUUCGCUUCUCAUUUUGGUCAAAUACAAUUUUAAAGAAAAUAUAUAACUAAAAUGAGUGGACCAGCUGCAAAAAAGCAAAAGUUUUCACAUUAUAAGCAGAAAAAUUACUUCAAAAGUAAUAAGCGCCAGUUCCUGGAAGCGGGUCAACGCGGUUUCCUGGCCACCUGUAACUUCCGUGAAAAAGAUUGUGUACGAGAAGCUUAUAACGUACUUAACCACUACGCCGAUGAAUUGUAUGGUCCAAAGGAUAAAGAUGAAAUAACAUUGGACGCAGAAGCAGAACCGGAAGAUGUGGGUGAUAUAGCAGAUGACUUACAAAAGGAAAUUGAUGCUACAAAGGCAACUAAACAAAAUAAAAAUACGGUUAAGCAACGUUUUCAAGUGGUGGACACAGGCGCAACCAAUUGCGUAUUCAUUCGUACUACCUUAGCUGAUCCAGUGGAACUGGGUACACGGAUUGUUAGCGAUGUUGCAGAGACACGCGAGCAGAAGUCACGUUUCUUACUGCGCCUAGUACCCGUUGAAGUGGUAUGCCGUGCCAAUUUGGCAGACAUUACUAGCGCCGGUGGUGUACUUUUUGAUAAAUAUUUUCUGAAAGAAGGCACCACAUUUGCGAUUAUUUUCAACAAGCGCUAUAACAAUGAUGUCAAACGUGACGAUGUCAUACAUGAUCUAGCUGCGCUGGUUCAAUCCAAGAAUAUAAAAAAUCGUGUAGAUCUUAAACAAGCUGAAAAAACCAUAGUAGUAGAGGUGAUUAAGGGGUUAUGCUGCUUAUCCGUCCUGGAUGGUUAUUUAAAAUAUAAGAAAUAUAAUUUGGUGGAGUUGGCGAAUAACAAAGAUAAGGGCGCAAAUGAAGUAAAGGUUGAGCAACAAAGUGAAGUGAGUUCCGUGGAACUUGCUAAAGAUUCCCAAUUGGCGAGAGAGCCAAAGGGUGAUGAGAAACCAAUUGACAACAAAAAUGAGCAAAGCGUUGACGCUGAUACAAAUGAAAAGGAUGUGGCGACAAAUGCAGAAUGACAUAGCAUAUCUAACUGAUUUGUAGCGAUGUAUCAUUAAAGUUCAAUUAACACUA